AUGACUUCACCACCUUUACUACUUAAAGUGCUAUUACAUUAUCUCAAAGUAUCUAACAAGACCAAAAAAAAUCCAGAAUUGGUAGGCUUCAAUCAAGGCUUGAUUGGAUUUGGUCCAAGUUUGGGAACUUUAGGUCUUGCGAAACUAUAUGAAGAAUUGAGUGACAAAGAAAAAUCAAGUAGUGAAGAGUCAGGAAGUGAAGAAUCAGGAAGUGAAAAAUCAGAAAGUGAAGAAUUAGAAUCAAAGGAAGAUCAAAAAGGAUGUGGAUGUGGGCGUGAAUGUGGUCGCAGGUGUGAACAGAUUUCUUAUAAUAGCAAGGGACGUCGUGGCACUGAUGCUAUUCUUGCUGUUCAAGACUUAGCAGAUUCCAAAAAUAAUAACAUUGAAGAAUUAAUCAUAGAUCUAACAACGAACUUGUCAGAUUCAACAAUCGAACACCAACUAAGUGAAUUCAACUAUAUAAAUGAUACUUCAGUACUUACCGAAGAUGUUCUUAGUGAAGAGCAGAUCAUUAAUAUUGUGUUGAAUGAACAACGGGAAUUAGAAGAAAAUAUACCUACUUUUGUAGCAAUAACUUCAGAUAUCUGA